CGAAACAAUCGAAAUCCCACACGCCGACGCCGAGUCGUUACGCCAGACGACGUGCCCCCCCUCUCCUCCCCACCCACCUUCGCCGACCGCUUGCCGGAUAAUUUCCUACUCGUCGACAGACGUUCUAUUACAAUAUGUCCUACGAAGAGCGCCAAAACGCGCGCCCCAACCUGGGUGACGAGUCCGAUGUGGAGGAGGAAGCUCUCGUCAACGACUACCGCGAGCAGGUCAACUUUGAUGAUGGCAUGAGCGAGUUGGAUCGGACGACAUCCCUUGGAGCUGGUUCCCAGACACAGGACCUCCAGGCACAGCUCGCUGCUGCCGCGACCCCGCUUGAGUACCAGGCUACCCUCGAGACCAAGUUCGCCAGCUACGACAACUACUGCAGCCUGUUCCACUACAUCUUGAACUCGGAUGGACCGGUUGAGCUGGAGGUUCCUUCUUACUACUGGGCCUGGGAUGUCAUCGAUGAGUUCAUCUAUCAGUUCGAAUCCUUCUGUCGCUACCGCAACCGUGUCGCCCGCAGCGGCUCCAAUGAGGAAGAGGCACAGCUCCUCCGCGAGAACCCGAACACCUGGGGUUGCUACUCCGUGCUCAACGUCCUGUACUCCCUCAUCCAAAGGUCGCAGAUCAACGAGCAAUUGGCUGCUAUCAAGCGUGGCGACGACCCCUUGGCCUUUGCCGGAGAGUAUGGUUCCCGCCCUCUCUACAAGAUGCUGGGAUACUUCUCCAUCAUCGGACUCCUCCGUGUCCACUGUCUGUUGGGUGACUUCAGCCUUGCCCUCAAGACCCUUGACGACAUCGAGAUGAACAAGAAGGCCAUGUUCGCCCGCGUCAUGGCGGCCCACUUCACCACCUACUACUAUGUCGGUUUCUCCUACAUGAUGAUGCGCCGCUAUGCCGAUGCCAUCCGCAUGUUCAGCCACAUCCUGGUCUACGUUUCCCGGACCAAGAACUUCCAGAAGGGUGGCAACAGCUACGACGCCAUUGCCAAGAAGAACGACCAGAUGUACGCUCUCAUUGCUAUCUGUGUCGCUCUCCACCCCACCCGCCUGGACGACACCAUCCACUCGGCCCUGCGCGAGAAGUACGGCGAGCAGCUCAACCGCCUGCAGCACGGCGGCCCCGAGGCCCUUCCUCUGUUCGAGGAGCUCUUCCGCUCGGCCUGCCCCAAGUUCAUCAGCCCCACUCCCCCCGACUUCGACAACCCGGCUGUUAACAUCGACCCCGUCGACCACCACACCGCUAUCUUCAUGGACGAGGUCAAGAACACUCUGUACAACCCCACGAUCCGCUCUUACCUGAAGCUCUACACCACAAUGGACCUGAAGAAGCUGGCUGGCUUCCUGGAAGUCGAGCCCGAGAAGCUCCGCUCCUGGCUCCUAAUCAACAAGCAGCGCAGCCGUCAGGUGCGCUGGGUUGAAGGCGGCCUUCUGGAGGGCGAGCCGGUCAACGCCAACGAUCUCGACUACGCAUUGGAGAACGACCUCAUCCACGUGAGCGAAACCAAGGCCGGACGCCGCCUGGUGGACUGGUACCUCCGCAAUCUUGCUCGUGUCUACUAAGUCCGAGUAUGCUAAA